ACGAAAGUAGUUUCAAAACUUCCGGUUCAUUUUCCACUUUCCACAUGGCCAAGAAAGCACAGUGUUGACGCAAUGACUCUUGCUCCAAGCAAAAUCUUCUCUGGCUUUCGAGCCCUUGGGUUUGUGAGUAAUCAUGUUCCUCUCGUGACACGCUACCACAAGAGGCAUAAAGACAACUAUGUAAUUACCUGUGUCGGACAAGCGUUUCACGUUUAUAAUGUUAAUAAGCUGGGAAUUGUUUCUGUCAGUGACACACAUCCUGAGGACAUUAAUGUGAUGGCAGCAGACUUUCGAUAUGUCUUUACAGCAGCAGGGAAUGAAAUUUACAGAGUAGCCAGAAACAAAAAGAUUGACAAAACCUACAGUGGACAUAAAGCAGAAGUGACACUGUUACUGCCAUUUGGUCCACACCUUAUAUCAGUGGAUGCUGAUGGCUAUAUGAUUGUCUGGGACACCAAAACUGAAGAACAAUACAUGCAGAUUAGAUUCGACCCUGCGGCCUUCUCAGUGACAGCCAUAGCUCAUCCCCACACGUAUGUCAACAAGAUGAUACUGGGCAGUCAACAGGGCACCUUGCAGCUCUGGAACAUCCGCUCCAACCGACUCAUCUACUCUUUUGCUGGCUGGAACUCUCCGGUCACAGCAAUAGUGCAGUCAACAGCUGUGGAUGUGAUGGCGAUAGGUCUUGCAGAUGGACAGGUCAUCCUGCACAACCUUGCUGUGGACAAAACGGUUGUAAAGUUCAAGCAAGAUUAUGGACCUGUCACAAACAUCAGUUUCAGGACAGAUGGGCACCCAAUGAUGGUGACAGGAAGUGCUUCAGGGCAUAUUGCACUUUGGGAUUUAGAAAACCGCAAACUACACAGCUACUUGGAAGAGGCCCACUUUGCUUCUGUAACAGGCUUGGUUUGCCUACCUUCUGAACCUCUCAUGGUUACAUCAGCUGCUGACAACUCUCUCAAGGUCUGGAUAUUUGAUCUUGCUGAUGGUGGUGCGCGGCUGCUGAGGUCACGGGAAGGUCACAGUGCUCCUCCCACAUUCAUACGCUUCUACAGCAAUGAUGGACAAAACCUCCUGAGUGCAGGUCAGGACAGCACCAUACGGUCGUUUUCUACAGUCCAUGACAAGCACAACAAGAGUUUAGGCCGUGCCUCCUAUCACAAAAAAGCUUCACGUCGCCUUGGCCUCAAAAUGGACAAAUACAAAAUGCCAGCAGUGGUCAAAUUUGCAGCAGAGCCAAAUCGUGAGAGCGACUGGGACAACAUCAUCGCUUGCCACAGGUCACAGACGGUUGUGACAACUUGGAGUUACCAGAGAUCCACCAUGGGCCAACACAAACUGAAACAUGCCAGGUUUAAGACAGAUGUGUCAGAACAUGCAAUUACAGCCACAGCUGUGGACAUCAGCUCCUGUGGCAACUUUGCUGUGAUUGGCUACAGCUCAGGUCAUGUGGACAUGUACAAUCUGCAGUCUGGGUUGAUAAGGGGCUCCUUUGGAGAUCCAACAGCUCAUGAUUGCACCGUCCGUGGUGUUGCGUGUGAUGGCCUCAACCAGAAGCUCAUCACUGGAGGUGCCGAUGGGCUCCUUUGUUUCUGGCGCUUCAAGGCAAAGACGAUGCUGGACAAACUUCAGCUGGAGGCUUACAUCUCUCAGAUGCAGCUUCAUAGAGACAGCUCCAUGCUGGCAGUAGCUCUAGAUGACUUCACAAUCGUCAUUAUCGACAUUGACACUCGGCGGCGUGUGAGAGAGUUUUCUGGACACACAUCUGCUAUUUCGGACAUGACUUUUAGGGCUGAUGGAAGAUGGUUGAUUUCUGCCAGCAUGGAUUGUACAGUGCGGACAUGGAAUAUACCCACUGGGAGGCUGGUUGAUGCGUUUCUGGUAAGGUCAGCACCAACAUCGGUGACCAUGUCUCCAUGCGACAACUUCCUGUCCUCCACUCAUGUGGGGGAUGUUGGGGUGUACCUCUGGUCAAACCGCACUCUCUACGCACACGUAUCCCUUGGUCCUCUGCCCAAUGACUACAUACCGAGAAUGGCUGAGCUCCCUGGUACAGCCCCAAUGGAUACAGAGUCAGUUGGGGUCCUGGAAGAAGAAGGAGAGGACAGCCCUUACAAGUCAGCGGAGCAGAUUGGGGACGAGCUGGUCACUCUGUCCCUGCUGCCCACGUCUCGUUGGCUGAAUCUCCUGAAUCUGGAUGUUAUACAGAUGAGGAACAAGCCAAAGGAACCACCUAAGGUACCAAAGUCUGCUCCGUUCUUCCUCCCAACUGUGGCUGGUCUGGAGACAAAGUUUGAUCUUUCUCAAGAGAACAAGGACGCAACACCUGAGAGUCGUGUGAAGAAACCAGAGCUUUCGGCUUUGUCUGACCUGGCCGUCCUGCUGACCAAGGCACAUCAGAUCGGGAAAUAUGAGAUUGUGCUCAGUAAACUGAAAGAAAUGGGUCCCUCAGCCAUUGACAAGGAGAUGAGGACUUUACCAGAAGGAGAGGGAGGAAGUGAUGAUGUUAUGUGUUACUUCCUGGAAUUUGUCGAAGCAGCGCUCAAGACAAACAAAGACUUUGAACUGGUCCACUCAUAUCUUGCUCUAUUUCUGAAGGUGCACGGUGCUGAGAUAUCCAGUAAGCCGGAGAUAGCAGGGGCGUUGUCCAAAGUGAGCAGUGCUCAGUUCGAGUCCUGGGAGAGGGUUUGGGGUUUGCUGCAGCGAUCAAUGGGACUGGUGACCUAUCUCCGGUCAGCCACCUUGUAGCAGAAAGACAUGUUUUAUGCUGGUGUGGGGUAGUUGUUGGGUUGGGUUUUUUUAGGGGGGGGGGUUAGGGGGCUAUUUAUGAGAGAAUUUGUUUCUACAAACAUAUGGAAACAAAGAGUAUGUGAUGUAGUAAUCACCUACUGAGGUAUUUGUCCACAUAAAUGUAUGAGAGAGUCUAUGUGAGUAUAAUAUGGAAGGGCAUUUGUUCCAGUAUGUGGAAGUGAAUGAAAAUGUGUGAGAAUAUGAGUAUUUUGUUUAACCACUGUACAUUAAUAGAAUUUUAGUAUGUAUAUAAAUGCAAUAUAUACGAAGAAUGUGUUGUUGACAAAAGUUGCUGCUCACAGUGGUAUUGUGGAGAGGAAGGCUCAUGAGUUGGGUUUCGCUACAAUCAUCGUUUUAAAAAAACGGUUAUUUGAAGGAAUGCAUAUGCCAACGUAGGUAAAUAUAAGUCACUUAGCACUUCAGGAAGAAGAAAAGAUGUCCAAGGGAGUUUGUUAGAUGGCCCAUGAAAUCAUGUGAUUGUCAAGACUUGGGGAUUUCAGAAAGUCAUUCCACAGCCCUCUCAUUUGUUGUCAUCAACUCUUUCCACAGACAUUCUAGCUAGGUGCAGGUAGUACAUGUACAUGUAUGCAGAUUGCUAUGCAUACAAACAAACCAAGAGUCUCGGGUGUCUUGUGUAUGGUGUAUGGCUGUGCAACAUAUAGUAUUGAUGUGUACUCGAGAAGUAUGACUUUGAGCUAUGUCCCAUGUAAUGUUGAUUUUUUUUUUUGCCAUUAAAGCAAAUGUGAAUGAACCAA